AUGGAAGAAGAUUCAAUACUAUCAACAUACAAAGAUCUAAGAUGCAAAAAUUGUUGUCAUGGUAAUUUGGCAUCAUGGAGAAGAGAAUUUAAAGAAAUCUUUAAAUUAGCAUGGACUACUAUUAUAUUUACCAUUGCUUUCGGGUCAUUUAAUGUCAUGAAUAUCAUAUUUUGUGGUCAUCUUGGUAAAAAAGAACUUGCUGCAGCAUCACUUGGAUUGUCAAUCUAUGGUAGUGAAAAUAAGAAACAUGUUGGAAUUGUACUGCAAAGAAGUUUACUUAUUAUGGGUCUUGGAUGUAUAUUAAUAUGGGCACUUUAUGUCAAUGUGGAAUAUAUAUUGAUUGCAUUUCAAAUUGAUAGGGACGUAGCCAG